CUUUGAUUUGAUUGGAUAUUUGCCUUUUUGCAGCCGUGAUCUCAUUUCCUGCACAGUGACAAGCUGUGUGCAUUUAUUUAUUUAUUUAUCUACUCGGACUGGAGAUGUAAGUGACUGUUUUUAGAUGUUGCUGUGUAUAACAUCUGGAUCACUGGACGCGGACUGUGUUUUCAUGAAGCUGUCAGCGCGCGCGAGCGUGAACUAUUGUGAUACAAAAAUACAUUAGUCAGUUCGUCUCUUUCCAUUUGUCUAUGAAUGCAAAACGAGGAUCGCCCCCAUAUGUCCUUAUGAGCACCAUCAGAGACUGGCAUUAAUUCCUUUGAUUUGAUUGGAUAUUUGCCUUUUUGCAGCCGUGAUCUCAUUUCCUGCACAGUGACAAGCUGUGUGCAUUUAUUUAUUUAUUUAUCUACUCGGACUGGAGAUGUAAGUGACUGUUUUUAGAUGUUGCUGUGUAUAUAAUAUAACAUCUGGAUCACUGGACGCGGACUGUGUUUUCAUGAAGCUGUCAGCGCGCGCGAGCGUGAACUAUCGUGAUUGCACGAAAUGGUUCGCAAAACGCACAAGUGUUAUUCUUUGAUAAAAAUCGGCCUAGUACAGUUAAGGACACCGGAAGGGCCUCGUGCCACUUCGCAUUUAACACUGGCGCGUGGGCAAAAUGGAAAGUCUUCGCCAACAUGCAGCAAAUGUGUUGCAUAACCUGUGGCUUUAAGGAAUCAUGGUUUAAUGAACUGUGACGCAGAUGUAGGAGGAGCAAUCGGACAGACCUUACACGAACCCUGAAGAACUGCCUCUGGUGGACUUGUGAAGGCCAGCAGCUGAAUUCCCCCUCGACCGACAGGAUGUCUAUCAUGGAUCACAGCCCCACCACUGGGGUCGUCACCAUCAUAGUAAUACUCAUCGCCGUCGCCGCACUGGGGGCUUUAAUUCUUGGCUGUUGGUGCUACUUGCGGCUGCAGCGCAUCGGUCAGUCUGAAGAUGAGGAAAGCAUCGUCGGAGAAGGCGAGACCAAGGAACCCUUCCUGCUGGUCCAGUAUUCGGCCAGGGGCCCGCGGGUGGAGCACAAGACCAAGCUCACUCCUAAUGGCACCGAAAGCCACACCUAGCUCCCCUCGUCAUAUGUAGUGGGUCCAGUCUCGAAGAAUUUCAACCCUUACAAUAUCCCUCAACACAUGAACCCACUCUGUUGAACGAAGGCAAACCUAGUGCAUGCUGUUGUCUAGUUGCUUUGUUGAUUUGUUCGCCCAUUUUGUGGUGGUAGAGCCCUGUUAUAAUGUGAAAUCAAGAGUUUCGUGCAAUGCCGUUUAUUUGUGACGCCGGAGCCGAGUCCUGAAGCUAAAUCAAGAUUCGUUCGUUGUCUUUAGUUGUGUUUUUACUGUACCAUUUCAUCCAGAGCUGGCUCUGGGAUUAGGAAAUUCAACACGUUUCAAUGGACUGAUGUCUAAGCUUUACCUUUUUUUUUGUUUAGAAUGCUUUAUUGAAUUGCAAUAAGAAAAGAAUGUCGUUUUUCAUUACAAAUGAGCACUUCAGGAUACCAUGACUUGCCAAAUUAUGUAAAUUGACUUUUGAAAGCUCUUGCAUUAUAUUCUGUCAUUCAUUAGCUCUUUUUAUCCGUCAUGUGAUUUUAUAUCAGCUGGUUCCGAUGUAAAACUGCUAGGAAACCACUUAAAAGAACGGAAAGCCAAUGACUGAGGUCUUGUUGAAUACUGACGUGAUCCCGAGGCGUUCGUUUUUUUGUGGUUGAGCACAUUUCUACAUUGUGAAAGGGUCAUUUGAAAGUGUGUAAAUAUAAUUUUUUUUAAAGGUGGCUGGAUGCGCAGCUGGAUACUGAAAAGUCGUUGUCUUGAGUGUUUAACCUGUUUCUUCAAAGCAUUAUUUCAUUCCAAAUAUGUUUGUGAUAACGUCAUGUUUGCUGUUUGUACGUGUAAGAUGAAAGCGAGACAAAUUAUUUAUUUUUAUACAAUUCAUGGAAAUGUCAGUCAGGCAUUUAGAAAGAAAGCCUGAAAAAGCAGCUACCAUGAUUUAGUUGACGUUACUAUCGUCAAAUCUUUAGGGUUCUGUCACGCAUUUGAAGUCGACAGAUUUUUUUUUCUGCAUUAUGUGCUGUU